AUGGAUGAUCUGAAUUGGGAUGGCUCGGAUGUAUUGGAAGAGAGCGUGCGAAUCUUGUGGAAUUCUCAGCAGCAACAAAACUUUGAAGGAUGCUGCUACAACAAAACAAACUCUCUUACUCAUCAAAUACAAGAGAUGCAUAAAGUUGAAAUUGAUCAUAGUGCAUAUUCAAAUUCUGAAAGAGUGAUUAUGCCAAGUAAAAAUCUGUUACAGCAUGCAACAACCAUGACAGUGAAAUCAAAAGCUGGAUCCAGCUGGGAAGAGCCUUUAGUGCAUCAAUCAGAUCAAUCCCUUUUAGUCAAUAGACCUUACAACAUGCCAGAUUUCAACUUGGCCCACCAACAACAACAACAACUCAAAUUUAACAACUCUUUUGAUUGUUUGCUUUCAGAUACUAAUAGCAACACUGACACUUCUGUUGAAAAUGAUGAUGGUGGAAUUUCAAAGUUGUUUUCUGACUGCAGAAAUUUAUGGAGCUUCAAUUAUGUCAGUCCUACAUCCUCAUCCGGUGAAACCGAUAGUAAUGUUUCAAAUUGUGAAGCACUGACACAAACACGAGUAUUAAACAAACCUUCAAUCAGAAGUGUCGGUUUAAAUGGUACAAGUUACAAGGCACGUUCUAUUAGAAGUAUCGGUUCAAAUGGUAAAGGGCAUAAAACACUGACACAGAUACAAACAUCAGAUACAUCUUUGAUCAGACGAGUUGGUAACAAAGAUAUGCGGUGUCCACUCAAUAUUGAACUAGACGAAACAACGUCUCAAACUUCAUCGGAUCAAUACAUCAAUGAAAGAAAAGCAAUAAAAUCAAGUACUAUUCUUAAUUCCUCAUCUCUUGAAGGUGGUUUUAGCCUUACCAUUGAUAAACCACCAAAAAGCAAGAAACCAAGAUCUGACAAAGGACCUUAUUCAACAAACAUAAAUUUCCAACAACCAAAUUCAUCAUCAUCAUCAAUAUGCUGUUCAUCUUCAACCGAAGAGCCUGACCGAGAAGCAAUAGCGCAAAUGAAAGAAAUGAUGUAUAGAGCAGCAGCAUUUAGGCCAGUGAAUUUUGGAAUCGAUGACAUCGAUGUGAUUGAAAAAAAGCCUAAGAGAAAGAAUGUUAAGAUAUCAAAUGAUCCACAAACUGUGGUUGCAAGGCAAAGAAGGGAAAAAAUAAGCGAUAGGAUUAGGGCUUUGCAAAAGAUAGUACCUGGUGGAAACAAAAUGGACACUGCUUCAAUGCUUGAUGAGGCUGCAAAUUAUCUCAAGUUUUUAAGGUCACAAAUUAAGGCACUUGAAUGUUUUGGUAACAAAGUUAAUGCUAUGGAUUGUAAUAAUCCAACUAGUAUUGCUUUCUCUUUUAAUCCUUCUUUUUCCAUGCAAAUGGUUCCUACUAGUUACAAUCAUCAUUCACAGGGUUGA